AUGCACGGUACACUGACAGCUUCACAAAGAUCUCAACCUGCCCCCAAGCAGAUCAGCAAUGCUUCCACCGCCCUACCAUGGCGCUUAGCAGACAGCAGGGACGUGCUGGUGUCAGAAGACUCGCUGGGCUGGCGGUCUCUCCAGGCUGCGCCCAGAUGGAAAUCCCAGGGGCGCCCCCACCUGAAGGCCAGUCGUUGGCAGCAGGACGGGCUCCUGCAGGAUGUCAUGCAGAGCAGUGUUAGGGAGGGCGCGGGGUCCUCCAGCCUGAAGACCUCGCUGCAGGCGCUGACUUUAAGCUCCGAGGAUGGAGCCCAGUCCUCCGUGUCCUUGUCUCUCACCUGCAGGGGACUUGGCCACCCAAAACCUUGCUCUCUCUCUCCACCUCAAUUUCCCAAGUGCGGGUGGGACUGCAAGGGGAACGUCUUCACCACUGACAGCUCGGGGUCCUUUGGACCUGCGAUCAGGCCAGCCAGACAGUGUGAAGAUUGCGUGGGGCAGGAGUCCCUCCCUGAAGGCACACUCUCAGUGGGGAGAUCUCAUCAUCAAGGUCAAGACAAACCACAGACGAGGCAGAUACUUCUUCUGACCCUGGUCUGA